CGUGCGGCGGGUCUCUCCUUCGUGGCAUCCGGGAGGCUUCCAUGCGUCGACGAGCUUGCGGAGCUGCAGCGGUGCAUGUGGCUGGCGUUGGUACGACAGCGCGGCAGGCAUGCGCGGGGCCAGAAAGAGCCGGCCACCAGUCAUCUCCUCGUCGCCUCAUCGCCACUUCUCCUCUCCGGCCCCAGCACUAUGCGCUAUCUGCCCUUCCUCCUGGCGGCGCUGCCGCUCGUGACGGCGCUGCCGGCCACGACCGAGCUCGACGCCCGAGCCCUCGGCGACCGGUGCACCAAGUCGAGCCAGUGCGGCUCGCCAAACAGCUUCUGCAAUCGCCGCCGCUGCGACAGUCGAAAGAAGCUGGGGUCUUUCUGCUACAAACAGACCGCCUGCAUCUCGAAUGCGUGCACAAACGAGCGCUGCGUCGAAGGUGCCGUGCUCACGCUGGGCGAGCGGUGCGAGACGAGCAAGUCAUGCGGCAGCGGCUACUGCGGCCGCUCGAAGUGCGCAGUGCCGCAGCCGGUGGGCGCAGCGUGCUACAAACCGGCUGGCUGCCUGUCUGGCAUCUGCACCGCCGGCGCAUGCGCCGCCCCUCUCGCACCUGAGCCAAAGCCUGAGCCGCUUCCCGAGCCGAAGCCUGAGCCGGUCCCGGAGCUGACGCCCGAGCCGACGCCUGAGCCGCCUUUCAUCGACACCACGGGGUGCUUCGGUGGUGCGGUCAUGCCUGCGGACCCGAACGAUCUGAAUGUGUGCAAGUCUUGCAAGUGCGAGUACCGCACGGCACAGGACUACCGUCCCGGCGAGGGCGAGUCCGCCAGCAAGCCUUCGCUGGUGGUCUGCCGCUACGACGGCUCGAGCCGCGUCUAUCCAGACACCUUCACCAUGCCGAUCAAGGUGACCGAGGGCCAGAAGCGAUCGCAACAAGGUAGCUCGAACUUGGGCUUCUACAUGCAGGGCGGCAGGGGCGGCGGUGCCGGGAAAACGGGAGGCAUCGGCGCCUACGCCGAGGGCGUGGCGGGCUCGAACGUCGGGAUCGAUCUCGCCAAGGGCACGGUCUUUGACAUCUACGUGGGGACCGCCGGAAAAACUGGCUCAGGCGUUGCGAUGGACGGCUCGGUUGCUGCUGGCGGACGCGGCGGCGGCGGCAAGGCAACCGGCGGCGGCAGCGGAGGCGGCGGCGCCACGUGGGUGACGCUCCACGACGCCACCACGUACGACGACAUUCUCUUCCUGGCUGGCGGCGGCGGCGGUGCCGGUGCAGAUGCCUCUGCCAGCGCCACCACGACCAAGGCUGCCUGGGGUGGCCGCGGUGACGGACAGUGUGUUGAGACCGCAACGGCCAUGGAAGACUGCGAAAACCGCAACAUGGUGGGAUACGGCGAUAUGACCAAAACCCCUCCGAAACUGGACACCUACCCGGCUAGCGCUGGCUCCGUGCUGGGCGCCGAAGGCAAGUCAGGCGGCGGCGGCGGCGGUGCAGGGUGGGCAAAAAGCACGCCCGGCGGAGGCCUCGGCGGAGGCAGUGGCUUCUCUGGAGGCUCGGGCGGCAAGGAGAAGCGCAACUACGGCUACGACCUCAGAGGCUUCGAGUUGACCACGACUCCCGCUGACGGCAACGGCGCUGCGUACGUGUACUUUGGCUGCACCAAUCUUGGCCAGAGAUGAGGGCAGCUCGCCCAGCUCUAGGUCCCUCCUUCGCUCACGAAUCUAGCUAUGCGCUGCGUCCCGUGUUCUGCAUCC